AGACGAAACAUGGCGGGACUCCUAGCUUGGGCUGCCGACGUCGUCGGCAAAAACGGAAAAGACGGAGACGACGAGAAGGAUCCGAUCCCACUGGUUUUCACCGAGGAGCAGCAGAGAUACGUCGACGAGCUUAGCCGUAAAGCGACAACGCUAAGCCGUUCGAUCCAAGAUCUACGGCUCAGAUUACCUCCGCCGGAUAUCUCUCAGCGUCUACCUCACCUCCUCGCUCACUCCCUCGCCUCCAACGCCGCUCUCGCUCUUCAGCUCGAUUCGCAUUCCGCUACUCGUGAACAGGCUCAAGUGAGAGAGCAGACGUUGUUGGAAGAGAAUAGUGCGUAUGAGAAUGCGAUAUCAAUCUGUGAGGAGAGGAUAGAAGAGAAAACACAUGAAGCUGAUUCACUUCUUAGGAAGUUGAAGGAGCUAGAAGAUGUUGAGGAGAGUUUGAAAGCUGAGCAAGAAGAUGCACAAGCUUCUUUAGAUGAGAGGUAUUGUAAGAGCUCUAGUGAAUCUCGUGUACUGCAUGCAGAUACAGAGGCUGUGAAGUCUGUUAUGCUAGAGAAGUUGGAGAGCAAAAAGAACGAUUUGAGUUCAAUGGAAGAGAAGGUUCAGGAGUUAGAGAGGAGCUGGGCUGCUAUACAAGAAAGAGCACUGAAGCAGCCUUCUCCAGCUCAGAGAGAGAAGACACUGGAUAAACAACUUCAUACUCUAAUCGAGCAAUUAGCUGCAAAGCAGGCUCAAGCAGAGGGGAUUGUUGCUGAGAUUCGCUCGAAUGAGAUGGAGUUAGAGAGACUGAACAGUUUGUGGAGAAGAAAUGAGAGCUUUAACGUUGAAGGGAACGCUGCAAGGAACAGAUUCAAAAGAACAAAUUCAGAUAGAGGGUUUGGAUCAGACCAUGAAGUUGAUGCUAAUUCCUCCUACCUUCCGUAUUCAUCUGCAACAAGGAAUGAGAGUCAAACGAGGCUUAUGUAUCUCAGGUCAGCUUUUGUCGUCUACAUUUUGGCUUUGCAGGUCCUGGUUUUCAUCAAGAUAUCCUUUUGAGGAAAUUAUGUACACGAGUACGCUGCUUUCUUUUUAGUUUGCGUAAUGGAGUCAAAGCGUUGCAUAUAAAUUUUUUUAUAGGAAUACGAUGUUUGUUCUUAAAUGAGACUCCUGGAACAACUACAAUAAUCUUUCAUUACAAAUUUAUUUUCUUGA